CUGGUGAAUAAACAGUGACAGCUAUAGGGCAGACACUAAUACCCAUUUCAUAGCACAGGCACACACCUUAUCCUUUACAAUAAACACAAAAAAUGGCUUCUGACAGUAAACACGUCGCGCAGUUGAAAUCUGAGCUGUACUUCCUAAUAGCCCGAUUUUUGGAAGCUGGACCUUGCCAAAACGCAGCUGAGACCCUGAUAAAAGAAGCGGAGGAGAAGGAGCUACUGCCGAAAAGAACAGACUGGACGGGAAAAGAACACCCCGGGACUUACGAAAAUUUGGUGAAGCUGUACAGGCACAUAGCUCCGGACCACUUGCUGCAGAUAUGCCAGCGCAUCGGACCUCUUCUGGAGAAGGAAGUACCAGCCAGUGUUCCUGGAGUGCAGUCCCUCCUGGGAGCCGGACGUCAGUCUCUGCUUCGCACAAAUAAGAGUUGCAAGCAUGUGGUGUGGAAAGGAUCUGCCCUAGCAGCCCUGCACUGUGGCAGACCCCCAGAGCCCCCAAUAAUCUAUGGAAGCCCUCCUAAUAUUGUGGAGACGGCCCACGGCCGCAGGCUCAAUGGAACGUACCGCCUCGGUCAGCUGGUCCCCACAGCAGUCUACCAACACAUGAAGAUGCACAAGCGCAUCCUGGGACACCUGUCGUCGGUGUACUGCGUCACCUUCGACCGCACUGGUCGCAGGAUAUUCACGGGCUCCGAUGACUGCCUGGUGAAGAUCUGGGCCACCGAUGACGGCCGCCUUCUGGCCACCCUCCGCGGUCACGCCGCCGAGAUCUCGGACAUGGCCGUCAACUAUGAGAACACCAUGAUCGCUGCGGGCAGCUGCGACAAGAUGAUCCGCGUCUGGUGCCUGCAGACCUGCGCGCCGCUGGCUGUGCUGGAGGGCCACGGCGCCUCCAUCACCUCGCUGCAGUUCUCCCCGCUGUGCAGUGGCACCAAGAGAUACCUGUCCUCCACCGGAGCCGACGGCUCCAUUUGCUUCUGGCAGUGGGACGCCAGGACGCUGAAAUUCAGCCAUAGACCCAGCAAGUUCACGGAACGGCCCAGACCCGGCGUUCAGAUGAUCUGCUCCUCUUUCAGCGCCGGUGGCAUGUUCUUGGCAACAGGAAGCACAGAUCACAUCAUUCGUGUAUAUUUCUUUGGAUCUGGCCAGCCUGAGAAAAUAUCAGAGUUAGAAUCUCAUACUGAUAAAGUUGACAGCAUACAGUUCUCGAACUGUGGUGAGAGGUUUGUGAGUGGCAGCCGGGAUGGCACGGCACGAAUUUGGCAGCUCCAGCAGCAGGAGUGGAAGAGCAUUCUCUUGGACAUGGCCACCAAGCUGCCUGGCAAGUAUAACCCCCCACCUCUAGAAGACAAAGUAACUAAACUGAAAGUUACAAUGGUGGCUUGGGAUCGCCAUGACAACACCGUUAUCACAGCCGCAAAUAACCUUACGCUGAAGGUUUGGAACUCCUACACUGGGAAUCUAAUACAUGUGCUCAUGGGACACGAAGAUGAGGUGUUUGUGCUCGAACCUCACCCGUUUGACCCCAGAGUGCUGUUCUCCGCUGGUCACGAUGGGAACGCCAUUGUGUGGGAUCUGGCACGAGGCGUUAAAAUCCGCUCCUACUUCAACAUGAUCGAAGGUCAGGGUCACGGGGCGGUGUUCGACUGUAAGUGUUCCCCAGACGGCCAGCACUUCGCCUGCACAGACUCCCACGGACACCUGCUCAUCUUCGGCUUCGGCUCCAGCAGCAAGUACGACAAGAUCGCGGACCAGAUGUUCUUCCACACGGACUACAGGCCGCUGAUCCGCGAUGCCAACAACUACGUCCUGGACGAGCAGACGCAGCAGGCCCCACACCUCAUGCCUCCCCCGUUCCUGGUGGACGUGGACGGGAACCCCCACCCCUCCCGGUUCCAGAGGCUGGUGCCGGGGCGGGAGAGCUGCAGGGAGGAGCAGCUGAUCCCGCAGAUGGGCGUCACCUCCUCAGGGUUAAACCAAGUCCUGAGCCAGCAAAUGAGUGACGGUGCCAGCCCGCUGGACAGCAUGAUCCAGCGCUUGCAGCAGGAGCAGGACCAGAGGCUGUCAUCAGAGCCCGGAACUGGGCCAGGCAGCCGGGCCAGCAGAGGGUCCGUGGGCUCCCCCAGCGAGGUGCACUCCCCGCCCAACGUGGGGCUGCGGCGCAGCGGGCAGAUCGAGGGCGUGCGGCAGAUGCACAGCAACGCCCCACGGAGCGAGAUCGCCACCGAGAGGGACCUGGUGGCCUGGAGCCGGCGCGUGCUGGUGCCAGAGUUGCUCCCGGGUAUAGCCAGUAUGCAGGAGGAAUGGAGAGCAGCCAAAGGAGAUGAGGAGAUCAGCAUCUACAGAUCAGAGAGGAGGCGGCGGGCCGCGCCAAGUCACAUUCACCGAGAGCCCAAGCACCACGCCCUGGACCUGACGGGCGAAGAGCCCAGGAGGCCACAGAGCAACCAGCACAGCUACCACACAAGAGCAGCCGUGGAGGAGACCAGCCGGCAGAGCGAGGUCGUCGAAGAUGACAACAGCUCCUCAGAGGGUGAAGGUGAGACACGCCCUCCAAGUGGGGACACCUCAGAUGAUGACAAGGAGCAGAAGGAGCCUUGGCCAGACGAUAACAGCAGCUCCAGCGACUAUUCCAGCGAGUACUCCGACUGGACCGCAGACGCCGGGAUCAACCUGGAGCCGCCGAAGAAGACGGUGCGGCACAAGAAGAAGAAUGCCAGCAGCUCGGAGGAGGACGGCGAGAAGAAGAAGGACAAGGACAACAAGAAGGACCGGAAGAAGGACAAACGAGACAAAGACGGCGCGCUACCAAAGAAGAAGAAGCCAAAGGAGAGGAGGAUGAAGAGGCUGCCUGGUGGGGAGCUCCAGGAGCAGGGCCUGACACUGGAGGAGUGGCUGCCCUCAGCGUGGAUCACAGACACCGUGCCCAGGAGAUGCCCCUUUAUCCCGCAGAUGGGCGACGAGGUUUACUACUUCCGUCAAGGUCACGAAGCCUAUGUGGAGAUGGCCAAGAAAAACAAGAUCUUCAGCAUCAAUCCUAAAAAACAGCCCUGGCACAAGAUGGAGCUGAGGGAGCAGGAGCUGAUGAAGAUUGUGGGGAUUAAAUACGAAGUGGGGCUGCCCACUCUGUGCUGUCUGAAGCUGGCCUUUCUCGACCCGGAUACCGGCAAGCUCACCGGAGGCUCCUUUUCGAUGAAGUACCACGAUAUGCCUGAUGUGAUUGACUUCCUGGUUCUUCGACAGCAGUUCGAUGAUGCGCGACACAGGCAGUGGCGAAUAGGAGAUCGUUUCCGCUCCGUCAUUGACGACGCCUGGUGGUUCGGGACCAUCGAGAGCCAGGAGCCCUUCCAGGCCCAAUAUCCAGACAGCCUGUUCCAGUGCUACAAUGUGUGCUGGGAUAAUGGUGACACAGAGAAGAUGAGCCCAUGGGACAUGGAAGUCAUUCCCAGUGAUGCGCUGUUCCCGGACGAGCUGGGCCUGAGCGUGCCACUGACGGGGGAGGAGCACCGGGAGCUGCUGUACCAGCCGCUGGAGGGGGAGUGGGGCUCCCGCACGCGCAACGAAGAGUGCGAGCGCAUCAUCGCCGGGAUCGAGCAGCUCGCCACGCUAGAUAUUGCUGCUCCGUUUGUGUAUCCUGUGGAUCUUCAGGCCUAUCCCACUUACUGCACUGUGGUGGCUUAUCUCACUGACCUCAGUACCAUCAAAGAGAGACUGAAGAACAGAUUUUACAGGCGGAUGUCAUCCUUGAUGUGGGAAGUCCGUUACAUUGAGCACAACGCACAAACCUUCAAUGAACCUGGAACACCCAUUGUAAAAACAGCCAAAUUUGUGUCAGAUCUAAUGCUCCAGUUUAUUAAGGACCAAAGUUGCACUGAUAUAAUUCCUCUUUACAACAGUAUGAAGAAGAAGGCUUUCUCUGACACAGAGGAGGAGGAAGACGAGGACACGGACGCUCCUGGAACAUCCACUCGGAAGAAGAAGGAACACAAGCCCAUCGUGAGGAAGCUGCGGAACAAGGCCCAGUCGUACGACAUUAAGGCCUGGAAGACGCGCUGUAAAGAGCUGCUGGACCUCAUCUUCCAGUGUGAAGACUCUGAGCCCUUCCGCCAGCCGGUCGACCUGAGGGAGUACCCGGACUACAGAGACAUCAUCGACACCCCGAUGGAUUUCGGCACAGUCCUGAAAACACUGCUGGCUGGAAACUAUGAAUCUCCCAUUGAGCUGUGCAAAGACGUCCGGCUGAUAUUCAGCAACUCCAAGGCAUACACCCCCAGCAAGAAGUCUCGGAUCUACAGCAUGAGUCUGCGACUCUCAGCCCUGUUCGAGGAGCAUGUCACUGCCAUCCUGUCUGACUAUAAGUCCGCCCACCGCUUCCACACAGCCAAUAAACUCACCCGGCAGCGGAUGAAGAGGCGACGGAGCUCCUCCCCUUCCAGCAGCACAGCCUCCAGCCCGGAGAGGAAGCGCAGGACCACCAGGGCCCUUCCAAAGGCUGACCCCGCCACGUCAUCCCUGGCGGCGGGACCCUCUCGGCCCCCGGCGCUGCGACAGAACGUGCCCCUCGUGAACGGGAGGGCGGAGUCUCUGGCUGCUGUUCGAACCCGCAGCUCCACGCGCUUUGGCAACCACUGUGCCAGUGAGCCUCCGUCAACUUCGGACAGUCCAGCGCCCACCACACACAGCAAAGCAGUGACAGAAACGCCUAACAAGCACCUCAGAGCCCACAACUCCGUAUCGACCCCGAGCUUCUCCAGUGACACAGACAACGCCAGAGGCUCCGCCGUGACGGAUGCCAUCAGAGUGAGGACGCGGCGGAAACUGAGGACACCUGUGCGACACGAGCCAGGGACUCCUCACCACAGUCCCGGUGUGCAGAACAGUUUGCAGCUUAAUGGACAUAGCAGUCAUGUGACACUGGGUGUGGGGCGGAGGGGGCGGAGGCCCAAGGUGGAGACAUCGGCGAAGGUGGAGCAGGUGGCCCAGCAGGCGAUCGUGGCCAAGCCAGAGCCCCUACCCAAACCGCUGGGCAAGAAGAGAGGCCGCAAGAGCAAGAAGGAACUGGCAGCUCUGCGGGAGGGGGAGAGAUGGAACACAACUGAGGAGGAGGAGAGGGACCAGUCUACCAGCGACGAGGCUGGGACCUCCUCCUCUGUCCUGGAUGCUGGACAUUUGGAGCCAGGGCUGGGCCUCCCAGGCAGACCACGUAGGGGCAGGAAGCCCAAAAGCCUGAGUGCUCCUGAGGCAGACGCCCCUAUCCCAGCGCCCGCCAGCCCCAAGAUGCUGAGGAGGAGCAGCCGGAGGCAAAACGAGGAGGCAUCGCAGCCCCCACCACAGCCAGAAAGGGAGGUGCCACAGCGCCCCCUGGAGGCGAACGAGGUAGAGGACGGGGGCUCCAAGUCACCCAUGAAGACCCGCAACCAGGGCCGCAGGACAGCUUUCUACAACGAGGACGACUCGGAGGAGGAGCAGAGGCAGCUGCUCUUUGAGGACGCCUCCAUCACCUUCGGAACCUCCAGCAAAGGCCGGGUUCGAAAACUGACCGAAAAGGCCAAGGCCAACCUGAUUGGGUGGUGAAAGGAAAGACGGAAGAGGCAGAUAUUGUUGCGCUUUAUUGAUCUCCAGGUAAAGCUCUAGCCAUGGCACUUGAGGAUACUGCAAAUCUUGCUGCUAACUUUGUACAUUCAGUGGUUAACCUACCUGCUUCGGGACCAAAAGAGGGGGCCCUUUUCUGCCCCAGAGUUUCAUAUUGUAUAUCCCAUAUAAUGGUUAUUAUAAUAAACUCAACUCUUUUAGCCUUUCAACGCAAUAUUCAAGGUUGGUUUAGAAAAAAAAUUAGUUUUAUUGAUAUUUCAGAUGUAACACUCCAGUCGACCGAGGGGAUUGGGAAGAUUUGGCUUUCCAUGUUCUGCCAUCAGUUGCUCAACAUUGAUAAUGUGAAAUACUUAUCUAUAAAAAAAAAACACUUGGGUUUUGAAUGAAGUAUUUGUCUAUGGAAGUCUGUCGGAAUGUUUUGAUCAAUGGCCAAGAAAAUGGGAAACCUCAUUCCAAUCUGGUUUACAGAAUCACUAACUAAAAACAAGAUUUUGAAUCCUCCUUUAUACCUGUUUGCAAAGAAAACGUGUCUUAUCCUUUCCAGGCCUGAGGGCAGUCUCUGAAAUAGCUUUACUAAAGGUCUGGGAUCGCUGAACUGCAUCUUCAGACCCAUUGCUAUGUUUUCGGCCCAGGCGGACUGGAAAAUCUAUCUUUGUGCCGAUCAACCUUUUAUAAAACUCGUGUUUUGUACAGUUUCUACUUGACAACAGGAUCUCCUGCUUCAAACCUAAAGAUAUUGCUACGACUUCCCCACUUUGAGUGUGUGGACUUAACAAUGCCGGACAGUGAGAUUUUCUUCUGUGCAGACUAGUAACUCGAUGGGAAUGUGUUUUUUUUCCUUUAUGUUCAUAAUUAUUCUAUGUUGGUAGCACAGAGCAAUGGCCUGAUCAAGGUCUUGCCACAUGAUUUCCUUAUGUACAUAUGCAUGUUGCCACGUUCUCUGAUCCAUAUACUCUGCUUAUGUACGGUCACUUUGGGCAAGAGAUGAAAGCAUAUAAAAAAUGUUGUUUUUUAAUUAUUUUAUUUUGUACUUUUAGUAUAUUUUUACAAUGAAUUGGAAAAGGAAAACGGGGGCAAAAACAUCAACAAAUAAUAAACCAUCAUCGUAAUGUACAAUAAUUCUGUAAAACAGAAGCUUAG